AUGUCUUUCUCAUUUCCCAAAAUCAAUUUCCAGGCAAUCCAGGAAUCGAUUGGCAAGGUUGACUUGGACGCCAUCUCCAAGUCUAUCCAGAACUCGAACCCUGGUAAAGCCGUCUCAGAGUACUCUGAACAUUUGAUGGAGUCUAUUCAACCACUCACAGCCAAAACACAAACCCUUAUCUCGACCCAGGUGGCCCAGAUCCAACAAUUGGCUACUGCACACGCGGAGUCUGGCGUAGAGAUUAGCGAAUUGCCAGAAGAUUACGUGCUUUUGGAGAAGAACUGCGACAUUCUUUUGAAAUUGUACACGGACUUGAUCCACUACACUGACGAGACAUAUGCUACACCCAGCUACGACUUUCCACCAGGAAACUCUGCUUUUUCCAAGUUGAAGGAGACCAAUGUCAGCCUGAUGUUCACAAACAAGUUGAAUCAAUUGAAGAACGUUGCCACUCCGCAGGACAUGGAGAAGGUGCUUUUGGGUCAACAGGUCGACACUCCAGCCGAGUCUGACUCUGCUCAAAUACAGGUGACACCAGCCGUUCUUCCUAAGACAUUGUAUGGCCGUCUUGCCCACAUCACUUCCGAACAUAGCCGCGAGCUUUCUGAAUCCGGUAGCGCUUUGGGAUUUGCCUUGUUGCAAGUUUCAUCCGCAUAUGUUGAAAUUGCUUCUGCCCGCUUGGAUCAGGACAAGGCUAUCAUGACUGGUUUCAACUCUCAAUUGGUGGCUGUCUUGAACGACCAGUUCAUCAAAGUCAAUGAGUUGCGCAAGAAGGUCUACGCAGCCCGCUCUGAAUUCGAUGUGUACAGAGCCAGUGCUCAGGAAGAAGAGGAGGAUGAGAAGCUCAUUGAGAAGGAAGAUGAGUUUGUGAGCGCCAUUGAAGUAGCUGUGGUUGAGAUGAGAAAGCUUUUGACUCCUUCCACGAAUGUCAAUCUUCUCAAAGUUUUCGCACAGGCACAGAAGGACUUCUUCGACAUGGCCAGUGCUAGACUUGGUGGCUUGAUCACUGAGUUGGGAAAGGUCGAGUUGAAGGAGGAUGAGUAG